GCUCCCUGUGAAACCACAGUGGAGGAAAAAUGAGUCUUUUGCUGUUUGGCACUCGGUUAAAGCCAGCAGAGAAACCCCGCCGGACUUCACUUGAGGACUGAGAGCUCUUUCAGAAUAAUGAUUCGACGAUAAUCAGGAAAAGCUGCCAUAAUUCCGUAGUCAUUCUGGGAAAACAGCGGUGAAAUGAAGGUGUGUUCUUGUUCAGAGCAGCGCUACGAGGAGAUCUCCAUUAUGAAUGCAGGUAGUGAAACUCACUCUGCAGACUCUGAUGGCUGGCGGUCACGUAGUGUAACGGAGGGCUUCAGGAAUGGUGAUGCGAACAGCUCGUCUCUGGCAGCCAAAGGCUUCCGCAGCGUCCGACCCAACCUGCAGGACAAGAAGUCCCCCGUCCCGCUUGACACCUCCCCGCCAAGAGGGGGUGCUGCAUCAGUUUCCGGUCCUCCAUCACCUGACCCAUCAGCCCGCCGGUCACCCUACAGCCGUGCCAGUCAAGACUCACCUGACUUCCUGUCCGGGCUCCUGCCCAAAGCGCUCUCCCCGACGCCCUAUGCUUCCCCUGAACGUUCUGGGCUGGUGCCGUCUCCCGUGGCGUCGCCACUAACCGUGUCGGCGCUAAGUCACUAUUCCUCAUCAACUGCCGUCCUGGAGGAGCUGCAGAUCUGUGGCUUGGACUCGCCCAUGGCUACACCCACCCCUUCUCCCACUCUCAGCCACACCUCUGUCGUGCCUGACGAUGGCCCCGCCCUCCCCACCCCAGCAAUGUCUACAGAUGCUAACAGCCAGAUGGCAGUGAAUGGAAGUGCUCAUUCCCAGAGGCCCUUUUCACCUCCAGCGCAUCCCCCUCCUCCACCUGUCCUUAGUCCAGGACUAGUGCAGAUCCAGCAAACUAGACGCUCAGAGGGCUCAGAGACAGUACAGAGAGAGUCUUUAGUGUCCGGUCACACGGUGGUCAGCAGCGCCACUCCGAUCGCCCGUUUCUCUGAAGAGGAGAAGAAAGUGUCGGUCAUCAAAGCUCCGCACUACGAGGGCAUCGGCCCCGUGGACGAGUCGGGCAUCCCCAUCGCCAUCCGCACGACUGUAGACCGGCCUAAGGACUGGUACAAGACCAUGUUCAAGCAGAUCCACAUGGUGCAUAAAGCUGACGAUGACUAUGCAGACACGUACGACGCCACCUACGCCGUCGUAAACAGCGAAAACUACGACCCCGUCCACGCUCAUCCCCCACCACGGACGCACACCUACCGGCCGUUGUCCCGGAACACGGUUGACCCGCCCCAGCGUGAGCCGAGCCCCGCCCCCAUCCCGCCUCCUCCCCCGCCCAUGCCCUCACUGCUGCAGCUUCGCUCCCGCGACCUGGACCGCGAGAAAGAGCAGCCGCACGACCCGAACGAGUGGAGUCCUCCUGACCGCAAAGUGGACACGCGGAAAUAUCGCGCGGAGCCGCGCAGCAUUUUCGAGUACGAACCAGGAAAAUCGUCCAUUCUAGAGCAGGAGAGACCGACCUUUGAGUUCUCAGCAGAUGAGAUAGAUUUAGAGAACGAGCCUUGGUUUAAGUUCUUUUCAGAGCUGGAGUUUGGGCGGCCGCCUCCUAAAAAGAGGCUGGAUUACAAUCCUGACUGCUCCACGCGCACGAAGACGUCCCUCUACCUCCCGCCCUCCGAAAGGCCCGAGGGGGCCCCGAGUGCUGCCAGUGAUUACAGGAAGAGGCGAAAGUCGGAGCCGUCCGGCACGGCCAAUGAGCAGAAUGCCAGUCAGGUGCCGACGCGCCCACUCGACCCCGUCAGGUCCAGCACUCUGAAGAAACCCACCAUACGUUCCUCCCCUUCAUCCCCAUCCAGAGGCAAAGAUCAGGGCUCUGAUUCUGGCUCUCUCACGCCUCAGAACAGAAGACCUACUCCAGAUCGAGAGAGACAGUCUGCCAGGGCUAUUUACGAUUUUAAAGCUCAGUCCAGCAAGGAGCUCUCCUUUAAGAAGGGUGAUGCAAUCAACAUCAUCAGACAGAUCGACAGUAACUGGUAUGAGGGAGAGCACAGAGGACGCAUCGGCAUCUUCCCCAUUUCUUACGUAGAGAAGGUGGCGUCUCCAGAGCGAAAGCAGCCGGCCCGUCCUCCUCCCCCGGCGCAGGUCAGAGAGAUGGGGGAGGCUGUGGCUCGAUACAACUUCAACGCUGACACUAAUGUGGAGCUCUCACUGAGAAAGGGUGAGAAGGUGAUUUUGUUGCGGAAGGUGGAUCAGAACUGGUUUGAAGGGAGGAUUCCUGGAUCCAAUAAGCAGGGAAUAUUUCCCGUCUCGUACGUCGAUGUGAUCAAGGGAUCCCCCUCCAAGAGCCCCAGUCACCAUGGAGACACACACAGGGGGCACAAGAGGAUGACGCAGGAUUCCCUCCAUGGAGCAGGAGAACCGUUCCAGGCCGUGUACAACUACGUGCCCCGGAAUGAGGAUGAGCUGGAGCUGCGCGAAGGCGACGUGAUCGACGUGAUGGAGAAAUGUGACGACGGCUGGUUCGUAGGAACAUCUCGGCGGAGCAGGAUGUUCGGAACGUUCCCAGGAAACUACGUUAAGCCACUUUAACGAAGAUUACGGCACAACCACAGCGACUCCGAUGCCUUCCAUAUAGGGCCAAUGUGGAACCUCAACCCUGAGUGUGUGUGUGGGUGUGUGCUUUCUUAUGUGUGUGUGUGUGUGUGUGUGUGUGUGUGUGUGUUCACAUGCAAAAACAAUUUUAGCUUUCACUAGCCAUCUCUACAGACUCCUCCAAUGAAGUUUUUUCUUUUUUUCAUUUGAUAAAAAUUAAAAAAAGGUUUUGGUUUGGUUUGAACGUUCAGCUUCCUGGAUUAUAGUUCAGCAGCUCACAACUGUAUUUACAUGCUCUAUAACAAUAUAUUAUUUAUUAGUGAUAAUAAUUUCUGAUAAGCAAUAGUUGCGGAAGAUGUGGGUAGGAAAUGUUCGGAGAAGAAAAAUGAUCGACGGCAACAGAGUCGUUUAGUGUCCGAGGAAGUGUGUGUGUGUGUGUGUGUUUGCACGUUUGUAGAGUUAGAUUGCUGAAGGACCAUAUAGCAAAAGUUCGUAAGUGGAUUUCUGGGAUUUUUCUGAUUUUAAGUGAAGGAUUUUGCGUAAAAGCAAUAAGGAAACCUGUGCUAAUCUGACAUUCAUUCUGUUUGUGUAAAAACACAUAUAUAUUGUGUUAACACUUUGCUCAUAUUUGGGCGAAUUAUUAAAAAGAUGUCCAUGUAUGUGCAACGAGGAAUUAUUUACAGCAGUAUCGUUACUCGCCAUGGAGGUUUAAACUGAACGAAGUAUUAUUUGGACACGGCAAUCGAUCCGUUUGUAUUAAAAUACAUUAAAAUGCAUUAUGCCUGUGAAAGUGUUCAGCUGUCCAGGUCACUGAAUUGUCUAAUAGCAGUAAGCCAAGGCAACCGGACCUGUGGUUCCUACGACACGUAAGUCUUCAAUCCCUUUAACUGCAGGCUUAUUACUCAGUCAUUAAGCUUUAAGUCUUUGAUUCAGUGACUUCUAUUAAUUAUUUGUAUCUUCUGUGAAAUGUGUAGUUGCAGUUGCCUAGCAACCACUACACCUUCCCUUGCAAUCAUUUCCGGUACCACCCGGAAUACCACAGCAACCACUGUGACUGUCUGACACAAUCUGACACAAAUUAUGCCACAUUGGACACCUCUAGCAGUUGCCUAGCAACCACUACACAUUCCUAGCAAUCACUUCCAGCACCUUAGCAACCCCACAGCAAUACCCUAGCAACCACCAGAGAAACCACAGCAACCACCUAGCAACAUUCUAGCAACCACCUGGAAUACCAUAGCAACCACAUAGCACUACCCUAGCAACCACCAGAGAAACCACAGCAACUGCCUGGAAUACCAUAGCAACCACACAGCACUACCCAAGCGACCACCAGAGAAACCACAGCAACCACCUAGCAACAUUCUAGCAACCACCAGGAAAACCAUAGCAACCACCAGAGAAAACACAACAGCUGCUUAGCAACCUUUGCAGGACUGUUUUUUCUAUAUGAUUUAGAAGUGAAGGCAUCUCUGGCUGCUGGUUCCUGUUUAGCAGGGAUUUUAAUAGCAUGUAUGAACACAUGCAUCCCAGUGAUGUCCCCGGUUUGGGGAUCUCAGGAAAGGGCUGGAUUGCAUUUGAACAAGGUCCAAAGUACAUACAGGCCUGAAUCAAGGGUCUCAGGUUCAAAACAUCUUCAUCAACUGUACCACAAAUCCGGUCACCUUGACUUACUACGUCCUGGACGUUAAACGGUGUUGGCACUUUGGCCUGUGAUUAGCAUUUCUGGGUAAUUUUCUGACAUUAGACUAACGGACUUGCGUUCCUUGUAUUAUGAAGAGAGUUUUAUGAAUAUCUUGGGAUUUGAAGUUCCAUUCAUGCUGGUUUGAGUGUUUAUAGAUCGGUUGCCAGAUAUAAUGUAAAGAAAAUGUUAAGGGCAAAUUGUUGUGUGAAAUGAACUUGUAUGGAAGACAAAAGUUUGUUUUUCCCUCUCUGUCACUCUCUUUUUCUCUUUUUGUCAUGUUUCACACCUUUUUUGUCACAAUGUGGCUUUGAUGCGAAUUAUUCUCACAAAAUUCACUUUAAAAUGAUGCACAAUGUAACAGGCUUCAGAGAGAACUUUGAAGAAUAUGUUUUCUAAUGCGCUUGUUUUUGCUUUUGUCAAAAAAGUCACGCUGGCCCUGUUCACACCUGGUAUUAGCAUCCAUCUUGAGUGAUCUGGUCACGAGUGGACAGCGAGUGGACGUGUAAUCUGGCAUUUCAUUGGGUCUCGAAUCUGACUCUAGUGACCACUUAUGAUCAGUUCCAUGACAAAACAGUCUCUGUGAUCACUGUGUCUUGUAAUUAUGUAGUGUAAUGCGUUACAGUCAAUUUUUCUAAUCACGUUACAGAAACUGACUUAAUUAGUAUUCUGUUACUUGUGUUACUCAUCUGUCUCCAAGACAACAACAUGGAUUAUGUGCGAUCCAUUUAAAAGAUUUUUUUUACAUAGAUUAGGGCUGUACAACAAGGACACCAAACAUGAUUUUCGAUAAAGCAUUUUGAUAUCAUAAUGGUGAUUCGAGAAGCAAUAAAUUAUGAUUCACUAUUGUGCAAAAUUAAAAGAAUUUUCACAGCUACAUACGUCAGAACUGCAAGUACCUUUUUUGUUCCCUGAAAGGCUGAAACAUAAUUCCUCAUUAUUCCUAGGCUAAUAAAGAUACAUCCAUUACAUAGACACACAAAAGCUCCUUAUAGUGAUGCAGGUUUGUUGUAACAGCAGCCAUUACUGCUUGACACAAUUAACAUGCAGCACUGGUUUUGAGAAUAAUCAUGACCCACAUUUACAGGCUAAUAGUUCAGGACAGAACAGUUCAAAAACUUCAAACGCUUCGUUCCUCCAAUCUAAUUAUGCAGCUUGUGAGGUAACAAGAUCUACAACUCUUAACCAUGUGUUCAUCCCAGAAACAGUGCAGGAUUAUCCGUGCCUGUCCUAAUUGUGUCUCCUAAUUGUAACAGUUGACUGUGGGACACACUGUAAACGAUCUGUCAACGCAUUUAAUCAUGCUAAUAUGGAGCCGGUCCUAUGCCCUGUCUGGGGCAGUGGCACGUUAGUGCCCGAGAACACAGCCAAGUAUACGCAUUCAGUUGUGGGACUUGAACCAACAACCUUCUCGUCACUGGUUCACCUAAUCUAGGCUACCGGUCACUCCAGCAUGCAUAGUUUUACUUUGAGGCAGCUGUUUGAGCUGGUAACAAUCAGGAAUACCCAGCCCCUGGAGGGGUUUGAACCCACACCCUUCCGGUUGCAGGCUCAUCUCUCAAACCAUCUGUUUUGGAUCUGUUUUUGAACUUUCUACUAGAUAGUUUUUCAGUUUUAGAACAGCCGUUUGUCAAGCAUUGUCUUAUUCUGGUAGAGACAGUUUCAGUCCUUUUACAUGGCGUUUACUGGAACUGUCUGUUUCUUUCUAAAUAAAACAAGUAACGGAUUCUUGGAUCUUACCAUUGGUACGGAUUUGAGUGGGUUUUAGGGUGUUUUAGGGAGCUUUUUCCAGACCCAGCACUGCUUGCUCUGUGAGUUCGUUACAUUUGGUCAAGUGUGACAGCUGUUUUCAAGCCCAAGACCAGUCCAGAGAACCAAUCUCUGGUGGUUCUGAAAUGGUUGGUCUGGGGUUCACUUCCAGCCAACUCUGGUGCGGCCCGCUGCAUCUGAAAGCUAUCCGCUCCCGGCGCCAUGUGUGGGGUUGCGUAAUUGGUUCAUUUUGUAAUUUGACGGCUUCGAUUUUUUUCCUUUUCAAGUUUCGAGAUGGUGAGGAAAGGAUUGGUGCAGUCAGUGAAGAAGAUAUCUUGAACGAAGAAGUCAUUCAAGUGCAAAUGGCCACUGCAAAUGGCAAAUGGCAAAUGGCCAAUCUCCAAUAACAAAAUAAUAAAAAGAGGCAAAAAGUUGUGGCUACCAUUUUGCAAACCUUGGUGCGGAAAAGUGACGUAUGGAAUCAUAGAAUCGAUCCAUGGUUUGGAGGGAUUUCUUGCGUGAAAGCAAACCAGCGAUAAUGAGCACCUUCCCCAGACGAGCCCAGUAUCGGCCCUGGGUACAGACUCAAGUAUUACAUAGAACGUAAUGAAAUGAAAAUAAUAAAUGAAAGAGUAGUGAUUGAAGGAACCCCUUUACAGUUUGAGAGGAGAAAUUAGUAACCCAACACUACUAAGCGCUGUAAACUUGAUCAAAAUGUGUGUUUGUAACAGGUGUGAACAGGGCCACUUAGUUUUGAAGGGUUACAAUGUUACAGAGGACAAUUCAGUAUUUUCUGCACAAGCAGUGUAGCUUCACUGUGUUAAACUCCAUGUUUUCAUCUGCUUGUGAUGGACGUGUGUACGCGUGUCAAAACGUGUGAUGUAACAGCAUCUUUAAAGCACCUUAAGCACAUUAGUUAUGAGUGAGAUGAGUUUUCUGCACUUUUCUGGUUUGCGUUUGCUCUCAGAAGCUUCACCAGUUUGAUUUCCUUUUUGUUUUUUGUAUGGUCACGUAUAUCGACUUGCUUUAUAAAGUCUGUCUUUGCUCACUCA